CAUCUCCAGUGCCUCAACACGCGCCGAGACUGAGGCCCGACUCAUCGCCAGUCGCCCGACGAGGUUUGCAGCACAGUGCCCGCGGCUGUUGCGCAACCUCGACUCCGCCGAGCUUGGGCUCACGGCGACCUCUGCUGCGCUCUCCCGCUCCGCCACCACUCUGACCGCCCGCUGCACAUUUGGGGGGCGCGGUUCGAGACUCACAAAACCGCAACCGCUCAAACAUUUGAGCUUUCCUCUGUUUCACAUCCCGCGUCGAGACCGCACAUCAUGAGCACGGCUUCGUUGCCGGCUGCGGCCGUGUCUGAGAGAGGCCCGGUGCUGCCACCGACGGCGACAACGUCGUCUUCUUCGGCUGCCACCCAGCCGGCGCCCAGUCAGAUGGCGAUUGCCCCAUCGCUCGCGCAGAACGGCGCCCAGGCGCAACCUCAUUCCCUGAGUCACGCCCAGCAACCCCCUCCUUCUUCGGUCCGGCCCACUGCGCAACCGCUGCCGCAAGGCAGCAUGCAUGGGCCAUCUCUCGGCCAGUUGAGCCAGCCCGGGUUGUCCUCAUCGUCGGCGUCGUCGUCGACGGCGCCGCAGCCGCCUCAUGACCCACAGAAGUCCACAUCCCCUGCACGCAUAGCCGCAGGUUUCACGUCUCCAAAGGCAAAUGAUGCGUCUCUCGAGGCUUCACCGGCGUACAGGGAACUCUCCGAUGUCAUGAAGAGAACGGCACCGCAGGUUGUCCGGCAGGUCGUUAGAGACUCCUGGGACAGGUGUUUACUGGGCUCUGAGUAUCACCUUGCAUUUCUUGCAAACGCAACCUUUCAUCAGGCGAGUCCUACCACGCUCACGCGGGCCCUCAAGGACUUUGGUAAGGACAUGGUCCGGGCGGGCAAGGACUCUGUCAUUGGACACUUGACGACGGAGGAUCUCGACGAGGUGUCGGAUGCAAUCCUCGCAAAGGCCAGUCACGGCUUCCUGGACAAGGCCCUGGCCAGACGCCUUGAGACCAUCCGUGCGCGGCCGCUAGUUAACGCCCUCGCGCGGGCUGAACGGCUGGGCUAUGACGUUCGGGACAUCGUCGAGGAGACCAACGGCGGGGAGCAUGUCCUUCCAUCGAUGCAUCCGGCGCCUCAACCGCCAGCGCCCCCUAUGAAUGUUCCCUCACAGCAGCUGCCCUCCCGGCCUGGUCCGGUCGCCACCACGGCAUAUCGACCGCCUGCAUCCAGAGAGCCGAGUGCCGCCAGCAUCGGGUCGACGCGCAAAUCGGACUCUCCACUACCAGCUGGGCCCGCUGGGUAUUUGGGGAUCGUUCACUGCUCACGAUGCCAGCGCCCUUGCAGUGGGGAGAAGGCGUUUCAACAUCAUUCGAACAAGAGAGCGUGCAUGAACACCUGGAGGGUAGACGAGAUAGGAAAGGAGAUUUGCCCUCACUGUGGGUGCCUCUUUGGUAGCAGCGGAGGACUCAACUAUCACAUGAAGAUGAAGGUUUGCGGAGAAUACACCGAUGCUGUCAGGGACGCGGUGCUGGCUGAGAUGAAGUCAAAGAAGUUUCCGUCUCCUGUUGGACAUGGGGGCAGCCGCCCCGCGGCGACUCCGGUGCCAGCACCGGCCCCCCAGACCUCAAAGGCACCUCAUUCCACGCCGGCGCCGCCGUCGGGAUCGCAGUAUCAAAACUCAGCACCCACGCCCGGACAGCUGGCCGCGUUGGCCGCAGAAGGGCGCAGCCCGGUUACUUGGGUUUCUCCGAACCGAAGUGCCGCGAGCACGCCCACCGCAGACGAUCCAUAUGCGAAACUCACCCCGCAGCAACGGCGAGACUUUGAACACGACAUGAGGCAGGCCGAGGAAAAGUACGGCGGCUUGAUGAAGGAAGCCAUGAAGUUGCCGGAGGCGGAACGUGAGAAGGAGCUCGCAAAGCUCAAGAACAGCUACAAUACCAAGCAGAGCACGACGCGCAAGAAGUACGGCAUACGCCUGCGUCAAAGACGUUCCAAUGCCGAGGUGGAGGCAGAGCGAACACGGUUGCUUGGUCCCGCAAAGGACGUUGCUUGGCCGACUGCCACCCCCGUCAAGCGACCGUAUCCCGAUGACGAGACACCACUGUCGACUCAGCAAGGCCACGAGCCCCAGAGUGACGGGAGCACGCCUCGUCGCAAGAGAGUGCCCGUGACUGAGAUGGGAGGCGGUCUCGCUGGCGCGGCAGCCACAGCAGAACACACGGACCCGACGGCGUACCUCACGGCGUCUCAACCGCGAUUCCCGGCCGCGUCUCAGACACAGAGGCCGCAACACCAUGAAGCCGGGGCGAAAGGCACGUCUGAUGAUCCCAUGGAGAUUGACGAUGACGAUAGCAGUGGGAGCAGCACGGACUCGGACUCGGACGACGACGAGGACAUCCCUGCUCGUCCUGCAGGCCGCUGAUAAUACGUUACGACAACUACCGUCAUUGCUACAGCGGCAUCAGGCGGAGCUUAAACAUAUCAUUAUCAUAUGUCGGGCGUCUUCUUCACGUCCUUUAUGUCAAUCCGGUGUUUUUACGCGUUUCGGAACCAAACGCUUUGCGCUUUCUACGUCUUUUUAUUACACAGCUGCUCAUGGUGUUUGGCGCUGGGCCAUGACAGUUCAAAAGGCACGGCCACGGGACGACAUUUAUGGAACGGGCGUAAUUUACCUAAGGUCUGAGGGUGUCAUGCGUCUUCAUACCAGGAUGCUAAGCCGGGAGACUGCUCGCGCACGGACGACGAGGCCAAAGCGAGCGGAACAUUGCUAUCCGGGACAGGGCUGGGCGCCGGAAAAGAGAAUCUUCAACGGAGAUACCCAUGGCCGUGGGGGCAAGAUGGACAGACAAAGGCGUGUUAUGGCUGCGGACGUAUUGCUGGAAGCAGUCUGGGCGGAUGCAAGGCAGGUCAAGCAUGAGACCAGGCUAGGGUGCCACGCGCACCGACAAGGUGGAUAGAUGCUGCAUACGAUCGAUGGGGGUAAAUACGGAGGCAGUGGGAGGAGAAGCAUCGUCUACGGUGCGGCGGCAGUAGUCAUAUAAGAGCCAUGUCACCAG